AUGGCUCCCUCACCGUGCUUCUACAUAUCCAUACACUUGCUUUUCUUGUACUUGUGGUCACAUCCUAUUGGUGCUCACAAUCUCUCUCGUUCUAUGAAACCUGUGUGUCUCGAGGACGAAUUGUCUGCCCUGCUGCAAUUUAAAGAGAGAUACGAAAUCGCCAAUGUUUCUGAUGAUGAUCCUCUCGCUCGUCCCAAGACUCUGUCUUGGAUAAACGAUCAGGACUGCUGCUCUUGGGAUGGGAUCAAGUGUGAUGAGAAUACGGGCCAUGUAAUUGUUCUCGACCUAGGAAGUAGUUUUCUCUAUGGUUCUAUCGACAACAACAGUACCCUCUUCCAGCUUACUCAUCUUAAAAAGCUCAAUCUCAACGACAAUUACUUCAACUACUCUCAAAUACCAUCCCGAGUUGGAGAUCUGCUGAGAUUGACUCAUCUCAAUCUUUCUUAUUCCCGUUUUUCCGGCCGAGUCCCAACAGAAAUCUUCAAGCUUACAAGGUUAGUGUACCUUAACCUGUGCUGCAAUAACGAUCCAUGUAAUGGUUUGUUGGAAAUGAAAGCGCCAGACUUGAGAAGCCUAGUUCAAAAUCUGAGCAGCCUAGAAGUACUUAGCUUAGGUCUCGUCGACAUGUCGUCCGAAGUGCCCAACACUCUGGCAAAUCUGUCUUCCCUAAGAAGUCUGAAAAUGAGUGGUUGCAACCUAUACGGUGUAUUUCCGUCUGCCAUUUUUCAUUUACCGAAGCUGCAAUUUCUUGUGGUAAGUGAAAAUAAUGCUCUCACGGGUAGCUUGCCUGACUUUAACUCGAGUAGUCCUCUCGAACAGCUGUCUCUGGAUAGCACGAGCUUUUCUGGAGAACUAUCCUCUUCAAUCGGAAUACUUCCUUCCUUGGGCUAUCUCGACGCAACUGAUUGCAAAUUCUCGGGAUCCAUCCCGGCUUCAUUUGCUAAUCUUAGCAGCCUCGAAUACCUAGGUGUUACUACAAACCCACUCACUGCUCAGUCCAUUUCCUCUUUGUCUUGGGUUUGGAAGAUUAAAAAGCUCACCACUUUGGACCUCUUCCACAACAAUUUAUAUGGCGAGAUCCCACCUUCAAUCAGAAACUUGUCCCACCUUGUUGAAUUACACUUGGUUGGAAACCAAUUAAGCGGUACCAUCCUACCUCAGCUCAUGAACCUCACUCAACUGGCCUUGCUUAAUCUUAAACGGAAUAAAUUCUAUGGCGAGAUACCUUCUUCAAUCUAUCAACUUCAAAAUCUCCAAACCCUCGCCCUUGCCGAAAACGACUUCAGUGGAACUGUUGAACUUGACAACUUUCUCAAGCUCAAACAAUUGGGAUUGCUCCAACUAUCAUCUAACAGGCUAUCAUGUCGCACAAGUAGCGUGAAUGUUAUUCUUCCUCAGCUUCAGAUCCUAGGACUGGCAUCGUGCAAUUUGAGAGAGUUUCCAGCAUUCUUACAAAACCAAAAGGUUAUGAAUUGGUUGGACCUAUCGGAUAACAACAUUAGUGAAGUGCCCUUUUGGGUGUGGAAUGGCACUUUUAAACAAAUGCAGUACCUGAAUCUCUCUCAUAACUUCUUAACUAGUCUUGAUCGAUAUUAUCCGAUCAAUCCUUCAAUUAUGUUCACAAUAGACCUAUCUCAUAACAUGAUGAAAGGACCACCCCCUGAAGCACCGCGGUCAAUAUUGUCCUAUAUAAUAUCCAACAACGGGCUGACGGGAGAAUUGCCACCGUGGAUCUGCAAUUUGAGUUCAGCAACCACACUAGACUUGUCUUCUAACAAUUUGACUGGUAAACUUCCGAUUUGUUUGGGCAAUAUCAGCAAAUCUCUCGUGAUAUUGAACCUAAAAGGCAACAAUUUCCACGGGAGCAUUCCCGAGGUAUUGGUGAGGGGCACACGAUUGACGAUGAUCGAUUUGAGUGACAACCAGUUGCAAGGCAAGUUGCCAAGGUCCCUAGCCAAUUGCAAAAUGCUCGAAUUCAUCAACUUUGCAAACAAUUCUAUUGUGGACACCUUCCCGUCAUGGUUGGGAUCUCUACCAGAGCUUCAUGUCCUUAUUUUGCGAUCCAACAAAUUCCAUGGGGCCAUAGAGAGGCCUAAAUCUAGUUCCACGUUCCUUAAGCUACGGAUACUUGACCUCUCUAUAAAUGCAUUCAUUGGUAAGUUGCCCAUGGAAUUCUUUCAGUCUUGGAAUGCCAUGAAAUCCAAGAUGGGAAACUUUAUGUACAUGCAUAGAAACCUACAGCCGAAAUGCUACCUUGAGUUCACCUACUAUGGCGAUUUGGAUUUCUCCAUGACAGUGGCUUACAAAGGGCUUGAAUUGUAUUACCCAAAGAUCUUAGAAUUCUUCACGAUCAUCAACCUCUCUAGCAACUUGUUUAAAGGAGAGAUCCCCGAUGUCAUAGGUGAUCUUAAGGGACUGCAGGGACUAAACCUUUCCAACAAUUCCCUCACUGGUCACAUCCCACCAUCGUUGGGGAAUCUCACAGCGCUCGAGUCAUUGGACCUUUCUUGGAACAAACUCUCGGGACAGAUCCCUCAGAAGCUGACAGAACUCGGGUUCCUUUCUGUCCUGAAUUUGUCUUACAACAAUCUGACCGGGUCUGUGCCGAGAGGGCGACAAUUUGAUACGUUUUCAAAUGAUUCUUUUGAAGGGAACUUGGGAUUAUGUGGGGAAUUCAUAUAUAGGAAAUGUCGAGAUUUAGGGGAUACGUCAAGACAACCUUCAACUCACAAAGAAGAAGACUUGGGAUCGCCAACUGAACUCAAUUGGACAAUUGUUCUGCUGGGAUAUGGGAUCGGCUUAGUGAUUGGAGUGGUUAUUGGAAAUGCAUUCAUCUCGUGGAAACAUGUUUGGUUUGAAGGAAAUGCCAGGUUAAGGCGACAGCCUAGGCAGAGGCAGCCUAGGAGGGGUAGGAACUCAUGGCUAGGCAAGGUUUUAACUUUCUGCAAAUGUUAG